ACGAAGGUCUUCAAACAACCAGAGCCUAUCACAGAGACAACCUUCGUACAAGCCCCCAUGGCUGAGGACGAGGUGGAUGAAGAAGAGACGGAGGAAGAAGCAGAAGAGGAGAACAGUGAAGAAGACAAUGUUGGGUUUUUUCACUACGAAGGGAAAGAAACAGAGUUGAACAACAAUGAGAUCCCACAUAAAGGUGCUGACGGCUUUCCCAGAGAUGGCAGAAGUCGUCCUCAAGUUUCCAGUUGUGCUAAAGUGGGGCAAGCAAGUGAUGCACUUAGUAACUAUAGAAGGAAUCAGGACAUCCCCAAACACCUAAGGGAUGUCCCUCGAGGGUCAAGUUGUCCUCCUAGGGAUCCAAUGGAAAGGGUACGGGAAGAGUGUGCCAGUGACUGUCCAAAAGAUUGUGAUGUCCCUGUGGUCAGAGAAGGUAGAGGAGACCCUAGAAAAAGUUUCAGAUAUAGAGGACAUCAGUCGAAGAGAGUACACAAAAGAGACAUCACUUACGAGGAUGGUAGUGGGGUCAGCAAUAAAGCUAAGUUUGCAGAUCCAGAGGACAGAGGCGUUUGGAAAAAAAGGAAUUUGCUAAAAUACUCUAGAGAGGACGACAGGGACAGAGAUGGAAAACAUUCACACAAGCAAAGUAAAAGUCCUGGAGACAGCAAAAACACAGGACAGGACCAUCCUGUUUGUAGUCAUAAAACAAAGGGGGGAAUAGAAAGAAAGAGCAUUGGGGAUGUUGAGGAAGAGCAGAUUGAGAACAGAUUUAAGACCAAACUCAGAAUUUCUCCAAACAACUCGGGGAGGGACAAAGGUGCAUCUAAACAGACAAAUAAUGGGAAAGAGGCUCCUGAUAGUUCCAGGGCCUCUUCAACAUCAUCAGACAGGAGAAGCAGCCAAUCCAGAGCCCAUGUUAAUACACCUGUACAGUCCCCAGUUAAACGGCUACAUGAAGACUUGGCCAAAUCUGAUGAAAAGGAGAAGACAAGGCCUAAUCAGGAACAGGGUCGCAGGGAUGCUGGAGCCUAUCCCAGUAUCUCGGGCCACAAGCGAGGGAAACACCCUGUCCCUGGUCCAUGUGAGCCAGAAGAUCUCAUCAAUGGAAUCAUCUUUGCCGCAAACUACCUUGGCUCUACCCAAGUGCUCUCCGACAGAAACCCAUCCAAAAGCGUACGCAUGAAGCAAGCGCAGGAAGCUUUGGACUGCGUUAAGUCUGUAGAGGGUGAAGCUCAGAGUUUAACAGAGAUUGACUUGUUCAUCUCAACCAAGGCCAUCAAGGUGCUCAAUGCUGACACACAGGAGACGAUGAUGGACAACGCCCUCCGCACCAUCUCCUACAUCGCAGACAUCGGUGACGUGGUGGUCCUGAUGGCUCGCAGGCGUCUGUCUAACUCCUCCUCGCUCGACUGCACAGAUUCAGGCCUCAGCACAGAAAGUCGGAAGCAGUACCGCAUGAUGUGCUACGUCUUUGAGUCAGAGGAUGCCCAGCUCAUCGCACAGUCCAUCGGUCAGGCGUUCAGCAUGGCCUACCAAGAGUUCCUCCGAGCCAAUGGGAUCAAUCCCAAGGACCUCAGCCAGAAAGACUACAGUGAUAUCCUGAACACACAGGAGAUGUAUAAUGACGACCUCAUCCAUUUCUCCAAUUCCGAAAACUGUAAAGAGCUUCAGCUAGAGAAGCAGAAGGGCGAGAUGCUGGGUGUGGUGAUCGUGGAGUCGGGCUGGGGCUCCAUCCUGCCCACCGUCAUCUUGGCCUGCAUGCUGAACAACGGCCCUGCCGCCCGCUCCGGCAAACUCAAUGUGGGCGAUCAGAUCAUGGCUGUCAACGACACCAGUCUGGUGGGCCUGCCGCUCGCCACCUGUCAGGGCAUCAUCAAGAGCCUGAAGAAUCACGUUCAAGUGAAACUAAGUGUCGUGAGUUGCCCACCUGUUACUACUGUCCUCAUAAAGAGACCCGACCUGCAAUUCCAGCUCGGUUUCAGCGUUCAGAACGGCAUAAUCUGUAGUCUGAUGCGUGGAGGUAUUGCGGAGAGGGGCGGUGUGCGAGUCGGCCACAGAAUUAUUGAGAUAAAUGGACAGAGUGUGGUCGCUAUGGCACAUGAGAAAAUUGUCCAUGCCCUUUCAGUAUCUGUCGGAGAGAUUAACAUGAAAACUAUGCCUGCCAUCAUGUUCAGGUUGUUAACUGGUCAAGAGACUCCGGUGUACAUAUAAGGAAUCAUAAAACUGGGACUUUUUCCUGCAAUUAAAAAAA